AUGGAGGGGCUAACUGGAGAAGAUGUAUAUAACUGGUGUCUGAAGAAGGGAGUAAAUCCCAGAAAGUGUAUUGGGAUAGGUGGAGAUUUAUUGGAUGAUUCGGAUGAAACUGUGUUAAGAAAAGUGGGUACCCUGUAUGGUGUUAUAAGACCAAAAAUAAUGGAUAAGAUGGAUGAUGAAGUAGGAAAGAAGAUUGCUGUCCUGGUAGAAACGGAAAAAGAUUUGGAUGUAAAUUUGAUUCCAUUAAUGAUAAUGGCCGAUGAAGAAACAGGAAGAAGGUGGUCUAUUAUUGGUCCCAGUAUCAGGGAAGAAGAUACCACUAGAGAUACCACUAGUGCUCCCAUCUCGGUAAUGAUCUCACCGGAGGGUGUAGAUAGAGGGGAAGCUAGUGGCAAUGGACACAGUGCUACCAAUGUGAAUGGCGGACAAUUUGAGACUAUGGUGGAUCGAGUGGUUUCCCAACUUGAGAGAUGGCAUUAUGAAGGGAGUUAUCGAAGGUUAAGGAUAUUCUCUGGUAUCGUACCUGUGCCUACCGGGGAAGAACCAUAUGAAUCUUGGAAGGAGGCUGCUGUCCAACAAGCGGAGGAAUGGCAGUGUCCGGAUAAAAUAAAGCGGCAAAGAGUAGUGGAGAGUCUACGUGGCCCUGCUAUGGGGAUAAUACAAGCUGCUAGAAGAAGUAAUCCAAAUGCCACAUUGGAAACAUACCUUGAAGCUUUGGAUUAUGCUUAUGGUACUUUGGAAGAUGUAGGAGACUUGCUAUCAAGACUGAAUCAUACGUUCCAAGAAUCUGGCGAGAAACUGAGUGCCUAUGUAAUACGAAUAGAUAAAUUAUUGUAUAAGAUUGUAGAAAAAAAAAGGAAUCACUCGAGAAGAAGUGGAUAA